AUGAACAGCUCGUUACUGACACCAGAAUCCCCACCUUCCUUCGACAUCUCUCGGUCCUCCCCCAUCAGUGACGAGCUUCGUCUGGCGGCUCUCCACGAUCCGCCCUACCUCUUCAUCAACCAACGGGCUGACAGAGGUCUCCGCUACGACGGCCUUCUCUGGGACCUGUGGCAGCUCCUGGCUGAAGGCCUACAGCUGCGCUACCGCAUCAUACCUCUAUGGGACGGUGGGUAUGGCCAUCGUAGUGCCAACGGGACCUGGUCCGGCCUCGCUGCUGAGCUGGUGUACAACCGCGCUGAUGUGGGACUUAGCUGGAUAGCACACAGUCCCGAGCGAGACAAAGUGAUUGACUAUGUGGACACAGUGCCGAUUGAUAUCUCUGAGGAGACGUUUCUUGUGCGUCAGGGACCUGAAGAGGAGCUGAGGCUGGACGUCAAGGUGAUGCUGAGCCUGCUAGAGCCGCUGAAGCCCCAGGUGUGGUGGACGCUGGUGGCUUCGCUGCUGGUCAUCGCGAUGGUUCUGAGGCUGACGUUGCGGUAUGAGGAGAGGGAAUUCGGCAACAAUUUCAGAACGGGAUGGGGCGGAAGGAAGAUGGAGAACAGCCGCACAUCAAGCAAGAGCCGUGAAAAGGAUGGCUGGGAGCACUCCCCUAACCGCCUCUCACCGCGCCUGGUGAGCCUCUCGGCCUGGCUUCUUGGGAUCAUCAUCUACACGAGCUACACGGCUAACCUGACUUCUCACCUGGCCGCCAGUCACCCAGGCUUGCCACUGGAGAGCCUGGACGACUUCGCGAAGCAGUCUGACUGGAAGUUCGCCUGUGAGCCUGGCCAGCUUCAGAUCGGUGUCUGGGCGGCGAGCCAUGACCCUGUCGAACGCGAGCUGAGUCGACGGUACGAGCAACGUGAUCGACUGCUUGUAGCCAACCUCUCCGGACCGGAGGAGCAGCUGACCGCCCUGCUGCGACCCAAGGUGAUGUUGUACAUAGAUGCCCGCAAACUUCGUCGCUGGCUGGGGCAAAGAAGCUGCUCUCUGGUUCCUCUGCCACGUGCGCCUCCGAGUGUGCCACUGAAAGGGUAUCUGACCGUCUCCAAGAAGCUACCCGCCCUGAAGAAAGCCCUCAAUGAGGAGAUGCUUCGUCUCGCAAGCACGGGCGUCUUGCAGCGGCUGAAGAAUCAGUGGCUGAGCGUUCAAAAGUCGAUGUGCAAGCGACAGCCUGCGUUUCGUCAGGUGACGCUGGGUAACCUGAUGGGUGUGGUGGCUCUGGUGCCACUGGCGAUAGCUGUAAGUUUGGUCCUUCUGGGGCUGGAGUUGGUGUGGUCCGUCACAAUAAACCACGCGUUUGUUUCGAUGUGGGGGUGA